AUGAUUACAGCCAAAACUGUCGCCAUUUUGGCUUUUAUUUUCUAUUGUCAUGCUGUUGCUGCAUCAGUAAAGCCAUCACCUAUAGUACAGUUGAGCGGCGGAAAAGUGCAAGGAGUUGUGGUUGAUGUGGAGAACGAACAAAGUGUGAAUGUUUUUCAUGGCAUCCGAUAUGCUCGAGCGGACCGUUUUGCCAAACCUAAAUUGCCUGAACCUUGGAGCGGCGUGUACAAUGCGACCCAAUUUCAGUUUGCCUGUCCUCAGCCGGGAAUUCCCUACGGUCAACACCCUGUGGGCGGGUACAUGGCCCAGGCCACCAACGAGGACUGCCUUUUUGUGUCCGUCUUUGCGCCGGCAAAACCAGCAGGCAAACUGCGUCCGGUGAUGGUGUGGAUUCACGGCGGUGGCUUUCUCAUCGGCAGUGAGUUCACCUUCACCAAUGACGGAAAGAUGCUGGCUAGUUUAGGCGACGUGGUCGUUGUCACUAUAAACUAUCGACUUGGAGUUUUGGGCCUCCUCUACGGCGGCGAUGACUUGGUGCCGCCCAAUCUAGGCCUCUACGAUCAGAUCUUUGCCCUCAAAUGGGUGCAGGCAAACGCUGCCGCUUUUGGCGGCGAUCCCAAACAGGUUACCAUCUUCGGCGAGAGUGCCGGCUCAAUGUCCGUCGGCUCGCUGGUGCUCUCUCCGCUGGCAAACGGCCUCUUCCACCGAGCCAUCAUGCAGUCAGGAGCGCCCACUUCCGCCGUCGGCUCACAAUCGAAGGCCGACUCGCUGAAGGCGACUCAGGUGGUGGCCAGGCGGCUGAACUGCCCAAACACUGACAGCAUCGCCCACUCUAUUGCCUGCAUUCGCGACAAAACCGUACCGGAGCUGACUGCCGUCGCCACUGCCAUGACCGACGCCGAACUGGCCCUUCGUCCCACUCACGAAACGGAGCUCCUGCCGCUGAGACCGGUUCAGGCGGUGAAGACGGGCAAGUUCAAUCGCGACAUUGACCUGCUCUUUGGCGUCGUCAACGACGAGGGCAUGUCCGUCUUUGCCAACAUGUUCAACCUCACCCGGAACAGCACCUCUGCCGACCUGUCUCUGGAGAAGGCGAGGCUGGUGAUGAACUUAGUUUUCAGCACACUGUCAGGGCCGCUUGACAGUCAUUUGGGAAACACAACGGAGAUCAUUGACUUCUACCUGAAGGCGGUGCGCAACGCUUCGGAUCCGUUUGCCGUGCGGAAGGCAGUUUCUGACGCUUUUGGAGACUAUUAUCUUGUCUGUCCGACAAUUCUUUUCGGUGAAGAGAUCGCCCGACAGCAGCCGAAGACCCGGUAUUACAGCUACCGCCUGGUGCAGCCCUCCUCAGUGCCGGCCUUUGGCUGUCCGGCGGGCGAAGGCGUCGUCUGUCACGCCAUCGACGUGCCGCCCACUUUUGGAGUGCCCAUCGAGCUGCAGGGAAUCGUGUACACGGACGAGGAGGCGACGCUCAGUCGGGACAUGAUUCGGGCGUGGACUAACUUUGCCAAAUGUGGACAUCCGGGCACUGUUGGCUCAGUCGAGUGGAAAGAGGCUUUCAGUAGAAGUGCUGACGGAACUUUGUCAGCGCCAGCUACCAGCUACAUUGAACUGAACGCCCACAAGUACCGAAUGGUAGAUGGGCGGUACAAGGCCAAUUGUGAUGCAUUCUGGAAGCCGAGGAUCUUUGCCGAUUGA